UAAAAUAUUAUCUAAGCGAUAAUAUUGAAUAUCGGUGUUUUAGUAUUAUCGCAGUCACACACUUCAGUUGUAACGUGGAAAUCUAUGAGUACGCGCAUUUCUUUUGUCAAUAACUAACAUAAUAUUGAAAGUGUGCGAAAAUAGGACAUUAAGGAUUUAUCUGGAAAGUUUGGAAUAUUGUCUUUACUAUAAAUACCUGAUUUUAUUCUGAUAAAAGUGAGUGUUAGUUAUAGUAAAACGUAUGAAUGUUGAUAAUUAUGAAGUAACCCUGCCUUAUCAUUAGCGUGUCCAAUGUAUAACACUACAAUCUUGAUAUUGAUCGCUAAUAGUUAUUCAGCUUCAGUGUGGAUUCUCCCAUGUAUCAUCAGAUUCAGCGAAGUCGCGACGAAAUAGAGAUGGAUUUAAUACAAGUUGGUUCAGAACCAGUUGGUGUGCGGUGUCCAUAUUGCCAGGAAGAUGUGAUGAGCAGGGUUGAGUAUAAAGUCACUAUGUGCACGCACGUGAUCGCUUUGAUCUUGGGCAUUUUGUUGUGGUGGAUGGGAGGCUGCCUGAUACCAUAUUUUUUGAAGCGUUGGAAGGACGUAGAACAUUAUUGUUCAAACUGUGGAAAAUUCUUGGGUGUUCAUUGGCGAUGCGCGAAAAGGAGAAAGCAUAUUUUCCGAGUGUGACCUAUUUCGUUUCAUCAAAUUCUUAUGGUUCUUUUUAUUUAUUUGAAGGAUACUAUUAUGUUUAUUUUAAUUUCUGUUAAAUUUAAGGAAGCAUGUAACGUAGUGCAAGACAAAAAAAUCGUAGGUAACUUUAAUCUGAAAUUAUUAGGUUUAUUAGUCGUAAGUCAUUUUAAGUAAAUAUAAAUGCUAUUAUCAAAUUAAAUCUGU